AUGGCGACCUAUGAGGGUCAUGUAGCGAAGCGUCAAAAAACUGAAAAUAAUGGAUAUGGAAUGAACCAAGGAGGAAAAGACAAAUUGAUGGAGGAUCCACAUAAACCCUCACCUUCUCCUGUGGUGCAUGUUCGAGGUCUUUCUGAGACAGUUGUUGAACAGGAUUUAGUCGAUACCCUACAAAACUUUGGAUGUAUUAGUUACGUUAUCAUGAUGCCAAAAAAAAGACAAGCUCUGGUUGAAUUCGAGGAUAUUAAUGGAGCAACUGAAUGUGUAAAUUAUGCUCAGACUAAUCAGCUGUAUGUUAGUGGUCAUCCUGCUUUCUUUAAUUUUUCUACCAGUCAGAAGAUUCAAAGACCAGGUGGCCCUGAAGAUAUGCGAACUGCAAACCACAUACUGCUUUUUACUAUUUUGAAUCCACAAUAUCCUAUUACUGUGGAAGUUAUGCAAACAAUCUGCUCACCUUAUGGUCAAGUCCAAAGGAUUGUCAUCUUCAAGAAGAAUGGUGUCCAAGCAAUGGUUGAAUUUGAAAAUGUAGAGCAGGCCAAACGUGCCAAGCAAGCUCUUAAUGGAGCAGAUAUUUACUCUGGCUGCUGUACAUUGAAAAUAGAGUAUGCAAAGCCUACCAAACUCAAUGUUGUCAGAAAUGACAAUGAGAGUUGGGACUACAGCAACCCAUCUCUCGGUAAGAGUCCUGUGGUUGCUAAAAAUCAGCCUUUGCUGCAAGAUCCACGCUAUACACCAGGGCCCACUCCCUAUGGUGAGUGUCCUCAAUCACCAGGAUCCCACCCAGAUGUGCGGCGCGGUGGCGGUGGUGGUGGUGGCCCUGGCAUGGGCCCACCACCUGGAAGCCAUGGUGGUGGAUAUGGCCCUGGUCCAAUGUACGAGGGUGAUGGUUAUGAUAAUUACUGUGGUGGUGGCGGUGGUGGAAGGGGCUACGGAAUGCAGCCAGACCGUUAUGGACCAGGACCUGUUAGCACUGGAAUCUUGGAUCGUUAUGGGGGCCCACCUAUGCCACCUUAUGAAGAUCCUAACUCUCGUAUGAUAGGUCAUAAUCCUGCUGGUGGCCCUCAACAAGGAGCUGUUCUAAUGGUUUAUGGGCUCAACAUGGAGAAAAUUAACUGUGAUUCACUUUUCAACUUGUUUUGCCUUUAUGGUAAUGUGGUGCGGAUCAAAUUCUUAAAAAGCAAAGAGGGUUCAGCUAUGAUUCAGAUGGGUGAUGGACUUGCUGUGGAGAGAGCCAUUCAAAAUCUCAGCAGCUGCUACUUUAUGGGCCGAAAAAUGCAACUUGGUCACUCUAAGCAAGCCUUUCUCCAGGAUGUUCCUAACCCUCACACUCUUCCUGAUGGGUCCCCCUCUUUUAAAGACUUCAUGGGCAGCAGAAACAACCGUCCUGCUAAGGUACUUCACUAUUUCAAUGCCCCACCUAAUAUUACUGAAGAAGAAAUAUGUCAGGUAUUCACAGAUGCAGGUGCAAAGAGCCCGGUUAGAAUUAAGCAAUUUCCUUCCCGCACUGAAAGGAGUUCUACCGGAUUGGUUGAGUUUGACACUAAAGCUGAUGCUAUUGAAGGGCUUAUAGCAUGCAACCACCAGAGUAUCCCCAAUCCUAAUGGGAAGAACCCAUUUGUGUUCAAAUUGUGCUUCUCCCAGACUCCCAUUAUGGGUUAG